AUGCGUUGGAUCCCACUCGUCCUCGCUCAGUUAUCAUGCCUACCAGGACUCAUAUCUGCUAUGCUCAAGGAUGGCCGUCCUCACGCGAAUAUAAUGCCCAUGCCCGUAUUUCCUCCUGUUGAAGCCUUAUACCUUGCUUCGCCCGCAGAGGCGAAUGCUACUGUUGCCUAUGACACCGUGUACUACUUCGACCAGUUGAUUGACCAUAAUAACGCGUCUCUUGGGACGUUUCAGCAACGUUAUUGGCACACCGCCGAGUAUUAUGAAUCUGGCGGCCCGAUCAUUCUCCUUACUCCCGGGGAAAACAACGCUGAGACAUACUACCCAUUUCUUACCAAUAUCUCAAUCUUUGGCCAGAUCGCACAACAACAACAUGGUGCGGUGGUCAUCCUGGAACACCGCUUCUACGGUGCAAGCAACCCGUACCCAGACCUCUCAUCGGAGAGCCUUAGAGUGCUUACAAUUUCUCAAGCCAUUAGCGAUUUCGUCUAUUUUGCUGAGAAUGUUAAUUUGCCAAUGACAAACGGAGAUCAACUAGGUCCUAACAAAGCACCUUGGAUCUUGGCUGGAGGAAGCUACUCCGGUGCCUUGGUGAGCUGGACUAUGGUAAACAACCCUGGGAUGUUUUAUGCCGGCUAUGCAUCAUCUGCAGUAGUAGAGGCAAUAACGGAUUUUUGGCAAUACUACGAGCCAAUCCGACAGUACAUGCCAGCCAAUUGUUCCGCCGAUGUGGCUGCCGUGAUUGCCUAUGUGGAUGAAAUUUUCACUGGCGAUAAUACUACGGCCAUUGACUCCGUCAAGGAGACUUUUGGCAUGAGCGAUCUUACUCAUCUUGAUGAUGCUGCGGGUGCCCUACGAAAUAAUCUCUGGGAUUGGCAGUCUCUUCAGCCUACUUCAGGGCCAGAUGCGCAAUUUUACAUGUUCUGUGAUGCCCUAGAAGUCAAAGAUGGUAUCAGCGCCCCUGCGGAAGGCUGGGGCCUUGAAAACGCCCUGGCCUCCUGGGGUGCUUAUUUUAAGGGCGAGUACCUCGAGUAUCUAUGCGGCAACCUUAGCGUUGUAGUGUGUUUGGGCACCUACGAUGGGACCUUGGAUUACUACACCAAUAUCGAAGUGGGCAAUUCUUACCGCUCUUGGAUGUGGACCGUAUGCAAUGAAGUCGGCUGGUACCAGGGCGGUCCCCCAGAAGGCUACCCCUCGAUUGUCUCCAGACUUGUUAAUACCGAUACUUUGUAUACCCAGCGUCAAUGUGUUCUCAUGUUUCCCGACGCGUUUUCGGAACCACCUGAACCUUCUGUCGCUAAUGUCAACUCACGAUACACUGGUUGGGCCGUACAGGCUGAUCGAUUAUUCUUUGCGAACGCGAACCGUGACCCAUGGAAGGAUGCCACUAUGUCCGCUGAUGGUUUGGGCCUCAUAGGAACGCUAUUGCAGCCCAUCUUCGUGGGUGAUGGUUUUCAUUGCUCGGACCUGAAGGUCGCGAACGCAGAGGCAGACUUCUCUGUUGCUGAAGUCCAGACUCAAGCUCUGCUAUCUAUGAGCUCCUGGCUCGGAGACUGGCAACAAACAUAA